AUGUUUGGAUCUGGUCUUAUCACUACUGGCCUGUUACGACAUGCCCCAUCUUUUCUCCUACAGCGUCUUUCCACUGUGUUGCUUGGCAUUGUAGUUGGAUACUGUAUAGUAUUACUAUUCUAUGGUCCUUUACCGUUUAUGUAUGGUCUUGUGCAGAUUGGCUUAACGGUUGGGAUUGCAUGGGGAUUGGCCACAGCCGCCGCUAACGCCAUUAAGUGGAGUACAACGUUCUUCUUAAAGAUGAGGAAUGGAAAUACGAGUAAGAAUAAGAAUGAUAGUAAUAAUAAUAAUAAUAAUAAUAUUAAUACUACUAGUAAAAGGAGUGGUGAUGAACGGGAGGGAAAGACCAGAGUAGAAUCUACAAUGGGAAUGAAUGGUGUACAUGAUACUAUUCAUAACAGUCCUAGUGAUUGCGAGGAUGAGGAGUUGGAUUGA